AUGGAGGCCGAGCCGGACUCCUUAUCUCAGAACGAGCACCCCAAGGACGAACGAGCGAUGCUCUUGGGGGCAGUCUCGUCAGCGAUUCCAGUUCACUCAGAUCAAGUUCCUGCAACGGGCACAGAUGAAACGAGCCGUCUACGGGAGCUUCAAGCCGACGUUCGCGACCAGGAUGACCUCGAGAGAGAUAUAUCUCGUCAGCCCAUCGGUACAUCUGCUCGGGUCCGCCUACAUAAUGAGAUUCAAAAAUUAGAAACCCGUAAUGCCGCGUUGGCGAAUGACCUUAAAGAGAUACAGCAACGCAUUAAUGAAAGACAUGAAGGACAGGAGUCUGGUGGACCGGCUAUGGGGACAGGUCGAAUGCCUAAUGAAUCUCGCAGAGAUUAUCUCAUCCGCACAGGGAAGAUCACACCAUUCUCUAAAAUGAGUACCGGCCCGAAUGAGGGACCCCUUGCUAGUCUGCAUGACGCUCUCAUCGACGCCGAGGACGAGCGUGAUGAAAGAGAAGCAUUGGAACAAGUCCGAAACCGAUCUGCGGUAUCUCACCGAAACCUUUCGCCAUCAGAAGACGAGGAGGACUUUGUACCCGAGGGAACGCCGCCACGAUCCGCAAGCCGAAGUAAGGCUAAGAAGACCCCGGACGAUGUAGAGGAUUUCAGCGGGCUGGACGAUGGAAACGAGAAGGUCUAUCAAUCCAGGCUUCAAAGCUGGGUCACACGAAGGAGUGCUGCGCGGAAGCGUGCUCUGCAGGGUAGUACAGACGCUCAUGAACAUGAAGAACAGGAGGAGUGGUUCAUGCCUCAUCCCACUGUACCCGACGUGGACUAUGACAACGGAUAUCGUAUUCCUGGUGACAUUUAUCCCCUUUUGUUUGACUAUCAGAAGACAGGGGUGCAAUGGCUAUGGGAAUUGCAGCAGCAGCAAGUAGGAGGAAUUAUUGGAGAUGAAAUGGGACUUGGAAAAACAAUUCAAGUCAUUUCUUUCCUGGCUGGGCUUCACUACAGCAAAAAGCUAACAAAGCCGGUCAUUAUCGUGUGCCCCGCAACUGUCAUGAAGCAGUGGGUUAAUGAAUUCCACCGCUGGUGGCCGCCUUUUCGUGUCUCAAUUUUGCAUACCUCCGGCAGUGGGAUGGUAAAUAUUCGAAAUGAGAGUAGUAGGGAAGAUGCGCUUUUGUCUCAGACGUGGGAUAGUCGCCGCAGUCUGGGUGGGCUGAAAGCCGGGAGAAAAGUCGUCAAACGUGUGGUAGAGGAGGGUCAUGUGCUGGUGACCACGUACUCCGGCCUGCAGACCUACACCCCUCUUCUAAUUCCAGUGGAAUGGGGGUGUGCUGUGCUUGACGAGGGCCAUAAGAUCCGUAAUCCCAACACUUCGAUCACUAUCCAUUGCAAGGAACUCCGGACACCACAUCGGAUCAUUCUAUCAGGCACACCGAUGCAGAAUAACCUGACAGAGCUUUGGUCAUUGUUCGACUUUGUUUUCCCAAUGCGUCUGGGGACCUUAGUGAACUUUCGAAAUCAGUUCGAGUUCCCCAUCCGUCAAGGCGGAUAUGCUAAUGCUUCGAACUUGCAAGUGCAAACAGCAGCGAAAUGUGCAGAGACUUUAAAAGAUGCCAUUAGCCCGUAUCUCCUGCAGCGAUUCAAGAUCGAUGUUGCCGCGGACCUUCCUAAGAAGAGCGAGCAAGUGUUGUUCUGUAAGCUCACAAAGUUGCAGAGACAAGCGUAUAAGUCAUUCCUUGGCUCUGAAGAGAUGCAAUCUAUUCUCAGAGGCCGUAGGCAAGUGUUAUAUGGAGUGGAUAUUUUGCGGAAAAUUUGCAAUCACCCAGACUUACAGAGCCACAAGCUUACGUCGCACAAAGCAGGUUAUGGUAACCCUGAUAAAUCGGGCAAAAUGCAAGUCGUCAAGUCACUCCUCGAGCUGUGGAAGGAUACGGGCCAUAAGACCCUUCUAUUUGCACAACAUCGUAUCAUGUUGGACAUCCUUCAAAAAUUUGUAGAAUCUCUAUCGGGGUUCAAUUACCGGCGGAUGGAUGGCACCACACCUAUUGCCCAUCGGCAAUCGAUGGUUGACGAGUUUAACAAUAAUCCGGACCUUCACGUGUUUCUCCUUACCACCAAGGUAGGUGGACUGGGAGUAAAUCUAACAGGGGCUGAUCGGGUGAUCAUUUAUGAUCCCGACUGGAAUCCGUCAACCGAUGUGCAAGCCCGUGAGCGAGCAUGGCGGCUUGGACAAAAGCGGGACGUUACAGUGUAUAGAUUAAUGACCGCCGGGACAAUCGAGGAAAAGAUUUAUCAUCGACAAAUUUUCAAGCAAUUCCUCACCAACAAGAUAUUGAAGGAUCCUAAACAGCGCCAGACUUUUCAACUAAGCGAUCUGCACGACUUAUUUUCUCUUGGAGAAGAUGGUCAAGGUCCAACGGAAACAAGCAAGAUUUUCAAAGAAGCCGAUAUCACCUACAAAGAGGGUGGUAGCACGACCACUCAGCAGACAUGCACGGGUACCCGCGUACAGAGUCACCCACGGAACCAACAGGAUGAGAAGAAAGAUGUUAGCCUUGUUGAAGGUAUAGCAUCAAUUGAGAACUUCCAGGGCGACUCGGAGCCGCCGAGCGACAGAGACCAGGGACCUCCCGGUGCUAAUAAGGAGUCGCGUAUCAUGGAGGGCAUUUUUGCCCGCUCUGGCGUUCAUUCCGCUGUGGAACAUGAUCAGAUCGUGAAUGGCAAGCGUGUUGUGCGGGCGGAUCCCAAGAUUAUCGAAGCGGAAGCGAAGAAGGUCGCCGCCGAAGCCGCCGAGGAGCUGCACCGAGCGGGAGAGGCAGCACGGUCUGUGCCCAUUGGGACGCCAACAUGGACAGGUCAGUUCGGACUUGCCGGGAGGCCGGAGGAGCCCGCAGCGCGCCCGGCCUUCGGUGGAGGGUGGACGGAACGGUCGAGGUAA